UUGCAACGCUUUCGCUCAUGCAGGACACCUCUCACACACCACUUGCUCUGCAGGGAGGAUCCUGCAAGCCUGCCAGCACUGCUGAGAGUGCCAGAGCAGUGAUCUGCCACAGGAUGGGUCCGUCUCCCGGCUGGGGCCUCUAGACACCACCACAAAUAACAAAUACGAUUUCCCCUUUAUGUCUGUCUCCUUCAUCUCCAUCCAUGCUGCAGUGUCUGCAAGAGCCCGUGAGGAGACACAGCCUUUUGCUGCCUGGGGAUCCCAGCAAGAAAUGGGAGGCUGAUGGAUUUCAAAUGCACCUGCUUGGUUUAAAACCCAGCCAAACAGAUAAGUGCCCUUUUAAUUUUCUCACAGUAGCGUUUUAGACAUAUCUGCGCACAAAACACCUCUCUUCAUGCUGGUUUUAGUUCGGGGAGCUGUCUGUGCAUCACCCUUACAAAUGAAUGCUCUGUAUUUCUCCUUUCUGCUGAGAAAUGCCAGACAAUAGCAGUGUUUCACAUGUGCUGAUUAAUUAGAGUGAGGUUGCUGCAGCUGAGGGCUCAGGAGGCUGCUGGGGUCUCUCCCAGCCCCUGCCUCCAGCAGCCCUGUGAGGCUCUGGGGAGCGGGGCUGCGGUACCAGGCGAUGCUGGUGUGGCCUAGCCCAGCCCUAGGAGCCCUCCGGGACUCAUUAUUAGGGGUUUAAUAACCAGGCUUGGCUGGCUUGAUUGAGAAGAUGCUUGUGCAGGCUUGGCGCGAUCUCAGAGAAGGCAGCUAAAGCUGGUGGAAGGAGAGGGCUUUGUACAUGUGCUGCUCAUAUGUGUGUGGAGAAAGCGAUAACCCUGCUCCUUCCUGGACGGGAAAUAACUGGGGAGAUGGGACAGAAGCCCUCCGUUAUGCUAAGGCUGCACAGUGUGGUAUCGUGGGUGAGUGGUAAUGGGAAACGUCCCUGCAGAGGUGUGGGGGCACUUGAAUCUGUGGACAGAAAAUACAGCCCAUCAGGAAAAUAACUUCUGGCUUCUUAGAUGUGCUACUGCCCGCUCACAAAGGCACCAAUACAAUUAUUAAAAAAUGUAAGUAAUCUAGAAAAUGCAGUUCUCAUGUACAGUGUCGCUCUGCAAUAGUACACAGUCACGGGGUUGGGGCAAGUAUUUGCUAAACCCGUGAUGUACAGCAUUAGAGUAAUGCAAAAACCACUGAUGCAGUGUGUGUUGGAGGUGAUGUGUGGCAGGUGAGGACAGGACCCAGAUGACUCCAGACCCAUCUUGUCUGCUUUAGCAGGGUUAAUUAGCAUUGUAAAAUGUCCACCUGGCUGUUAGGUUAACUACAAACAUAUUUGUUACAGCAAAUUAGACUGUGCUAACUGAUGUGAAUUUGCCUUACCUACCUAAGUGAAAGGAGAGUUUCUUGCUGAGGGCACCAGUCCAGAGCCAAGAGAAGCUGGAGGCUGAUUCCUUGCCUCAAAUUGACCCUGAGCACAGCCUGUAGCCUCUGUGUCUUGUCUUUUACUGACUGGAAAUGCAGCUUGUAACGCUGCCCGUCCUUGCAGGGAAGGGCCACUGAGUAAUGGGGAACGAGAGCUGCGGUGAUGAAGUAGGAGGUUGCUGCAGCACAAGGGCUGGAUCGAGGUCAGCUUCUGAGAUCCCUGGAGUGCCUGAAGUUCUCUCUUUUCUUGGAAAAACUCCUCACCCUUGCUGUUCUUACUGAGAAGGGAUUUGGAUUGAUAGUAGAAACAGCAUUUCUGAUAUCAGUGACAGUCCUCUAGCUUAGAAUAGACAGCAAUAUUUAUUCUUGGCUCUUCAGUGAUCUGAUAGUGAAAAGGCUUGGUGUUAUAUUAAGGAACACUGAUAAAGUGAAGCCUUCACGUUAAGGCUGUAACUGGGGUUUGUUCAAGAAUGGAUGGGAAAUUAAAAUAGCUGAAAUACACAAAUGUUUUAAGCUAACAGGCUGAAAUACACAAAUGUUUUAAGCUAACAGGGCUCUUUGCUCCUCCAAAAAUAAAUAAAUAAAUAAAUAAAAUUGACCCUCAAGGUCUUGAUUAUUAGGUGUGCAAUGUGAAAUGUGUUUUUCUGCUGAUGUGCCGAUAUCGAUGUUCACCCAAAUUAGUUCCCAAUAAAUUAACUCCUAACCUGGCAAAUUCCAACGAGGGCUGCAAACCUCUCUUCGGGCAUCAAAGUUGCAUUUGGAAAUCAUGUCCUAAAGUGUGGCAUGCAACCUGUAAUGCUCUGUGCUCCUUGGCAGAAGUGGGAGAAAAAGCUGCCAGUCCCUCUCAGGAGCUGUGGUGGUGUGAGAUGAUGCUGAGUGUAUUAUAUGCAACUGUGGUUUGUCUGCUGGUUAUAUCCAGUGGCUGAGGAGGAAUCAACAGAUCUUGACAGGUUGCUGCAAAAAAUCUUGUCCAAAAAAGAAGACGCCCAAAUCCCUAACUCUUUCCUUGUCUUACAGGUGAGCCUUGAGGACAGCUGAGAGGCACCAUAACUCCUAAAUGCAUGAGCUUCCCCUGGGAUUAGAAAAGCAGCCAUGGGGAAAGACAAGAAAAAAGAGGAGGCUGUCUUUCUGAGGAAAAAGAUAACUUUGCUGAGGGCUUUCUCGCUUCUCAUCGGCAGCAUGGUUGGCAGCGGCAUCUUUAUCUCCCCGAAAGGAGUGCUGAAAAACUCGGGCACUGUGGGCUUCUCCCUGGUGGUCUGGUUUGCCUGCGGGCUCCUUUCAAUGUUUGGUGCCUUGUGUUAUGCAGAGCUUGGAACAAGGAUCACCAAGUCUGGAGGACAUUAUAUCUACAUUUUGGAGACAUUAGGGCCUCUACCAAGUUUCUUAUUUCUGUGGGCUGAGUUUUUUGCUAUCAGGCCUGCCAACAGCGCCGUGGUUUCGCUGGCAUUCGGGCGCUACCUGCUGGAGCCUUUUUUUGCCCCCUGUGCAGCCCCUGUUCCUGCCGUGAAGCUCGUCUCUCUCCUGGGGUACUACGCGGUCCUCACCCUCAACUCCUGGAGCGUCUCCUGGAGCGCCCGGUUGCAGACAGCCCUCUCCAUCGUCAAGCUGCUGGCGCUCGUGCUCAUCAUCGUGCCAGGGAUGAUGCUGCUGGCCCAGGGCCACACCGAAAACUUCCAGGAUGCUUUUGACAAGCAGUCGCUGGUCCCAGACAAGCUGCCCUUGGCUUUUUACGCAGGCAUGUUCGCCUACUCAGGCUGGUUUCAGACCAGCUUUGUGCGUGAGGAGUUGGUCAGACCUGAACGAAACAUCCCCUUGGCUGUCAUUGUGUCUGUGAUCACCGUCAUUGUGGGGUAUAUGCUCACCAAUGUCUCCUAUUACACUGUCCUGGGAACACAAGAUGUUCUGGCUUCUCCGGCUGUGGCUGUGAGUUUUGUGCAGCGGGCCUGCAGAAGCCUUAUCUCAGUGGUCCCGGUCCUUGUCGCGCUGUCCUGCUUUGGAACCAUGAAUGGAGGAAUCCUCACGUUUUCAAGGACACUGUUUGUGGCUUCCAGGGAAGGGCAGUGGCCUCCUCUCUUCUCCAUGAUCCACAUUCGAAGACAUACUCCCCUUCCCGCUGUCAUGUUAAUGUUCCCUUUGGUUACUACCAUGGUGUGUAUCGGAGAUAUCUACCAUCUAAUGAACUUCUUCAGCUUUUCCCGAUGGCUCUUCAUAGGAUUAGCCACCCUCGGGCUCAUUGUCCAUCGCUGCCGUCACCCAGAGCUGCAGAGCCCGUUCAAGGUCCCGCUCUUCAUUCCUGUCUCUUUUACCAUCAUCUGCCUCUUCGCAGUGGCAAUGUCUUUCUACUCAGACCCCGUAAACAUUAGCAUCGGAUGCACCAUGGUGUUAAGUGGCUUUCCAGUCUACUACCUCGUAAUCCACAGGCAAAUGUCAAACCGCUGCCGUAGCCUGCUUUAUUAUGUUACACAGAAGCUGCAGUUACUGCUGGAAGUAGUUCAACAAGAAAUCAAGACGUACUGAGGAAACCAUCAUAACUUACAGGAGAAAAUGAAAUCUACUUACUCCAUUUUUGAUACCUUUGAUCCUACAAAAAGCAGGCCACGCUCUUAUUCUUUUAAUCAGUGCAAGUGAGGAUGAGCCUGAGCCAAAACGUUGCUGCAAGCAGUCGUAAGCUUGCCAGUCAGGAUCUGGAUGAGCCUGUCACAUCUGCUUCUGCCCUUUCCUUUUUUAACAGAACAAUCUAGUUCUUUGAAAUGAGCUUUCUUUGCCUGCAAAGUGUCUUUGAAACGAAGAUCCUAAUUUUGCGGCCCGGCGCAGCCCAGUCCUCAGCAAAAUAUAUACUAUUUUUAUUUACCUAACUUGGCAAAUAGUGGAAGAGAUCCUACUGCAGAACUACUGAAGAGCCCAGCCACAUGGAAGCCAAACACAGGUUUCAAACUGAAGCUUUGUAGCAAUCAAGGGAAAUGGUGAUGUGGAGAAGCUUUAUAAAGGGAAAUGGACAAGGAGAGCAAAUUAAAAAUAAGGUAGAUGAACUGGAAAGUAGGAGGUGGGAGGCUAAAACUUCAUUCACCAGGAAGAGCAAAUCAUUAACAAAGGAAAGUUAGAAUGUUUUGCUUUGAUAAUUGUAUAAGGAAAAUAAGUUUAUUUUGCUUAUACAAUAAUGUUUCAAUUUUGAAUUUUAUUUUUCUGAAAUGAUGUUUCAAAAUGUACUGACACAGUAAAAAAAAAAAUCUAAAUACCUACAAGAAUAGGACAGAAUAAAUUCUGAUUCCUCACCCGGUACUACUAGUGAAGUUGAAAAUUGAGAUUUUGGCCCAACUCCAGUGAAAUACAAUUCUCCUGCAGGAGGACAAGAUCACUGAGUCUUGGGCAGAUUCCUUCGUAAGCACAUCUUUUGGUGCUGUAAGAAGACAUUCAAGACUUCAUGUCUGAGCUUUAACUUUAAAUCUACAGUCAAAUGACUUGUUGAAUCGAUACAUAAAUGCUCACAUGAACCAUUGUCAUCAGAAAUGUUUCUGUUGUUGGGUUAUUUUGGAUUACAUUAUUAAUGUUGCAAAGUUAUGUCCAGAUAAAAGAGCAAUUAACACUUAAGUGAUUGGAAAUAGUUAAUCUUUUCCUAAAAGAUUGGAAGUAGCAUACAGGGCUUCGUCUGAUGGCCCCUGAAGAGAGGAAGAGCAGAAUGUGAAGCAUUUUUAACCUUUUGUAUUGAGCAUUUAUGUACUUAGAAAACUAAGUAGCAUUUACAAAACCAAUGUAAUCUACCAAAACUGGUAAAAUGCACUAUCAAGAUUUGGAAAUAAAUAAUUAGGACUUUUUUUU